UAGAACAGUGUAAUAAGUAAUAAAAUUGCAUUUAUAAUAUCGACUCUUAAGUAUGAAGCCUGUGAUCCUUUUCUCGUACCUUCAUUAGUCUUAAAUUCCUAAUUCCCGCGACCUUACCUUGAAAUUGAAAUCUGAGAAAAAUAAAAAUGCGAUGCAAUGUAUUUUGAACACUCUUCGUUGAAUAGGUGUUGCAAAUUCAACAUUCAUGGCCCUGUUUCUCAUAAUCGCUUCUCUCUUUUUUCUUUGGAUUAUUUCUCUAUGCAAAAUUUUCCUUCUCCCCCGCGCCCCUUUCACCAAACAUUUCACGCUAAAUGGUAGAGCUCUUCGGAAGAGAAAUGUCUUGUUGGUUAUUGCUCACCCUGAUGAUGAAUCCAUGUUCUUUACUCCAACUAUAAAUUUUCUGACAGCAAGAGGGCAUAAUGUUCAAAUACUCUGCUUAUCUAAUGGUGAUGCAGAUGGCAAAGGAAAUGUCAGAAAACAAGAGCUUUUUCAGGCUUGUGCAUCCCUCAAGGUUCCAAUGCAACAAGUGAAGGUUGUCAACCAUCCAGAUCUGCAGGAUGGUUUUGGUAAAGUUUGGAACCAUAGCUUAUUGGCAAAGAUGAUUGAGGAAGAAAUAAUUAGUCAUUGCAUUGAUAUGAUUAUUACUUUCGACAACUAUGGUGUCUCAGGACAUUGUAAUCAUCGCGAUGUGCAUUAUGGAGUCUGCAGCAAGCUACUACAUGAUACAUCACGAAGAGAUAUUGAAGUUUGGGAGCUUGUAAGCAACAACAUAUUGCGCAAAUAUAGUGGCCCAAUUGAUAUAUGGUUGUCCAUGUUUUGGACAAUGCUUCCCUCAAGUGUAACAAUGCAGUGCUUGGUAAAUGAACAUUCACGUAGAAGUUUAAUUGCUAUGGCCCAACACAAAAGCCAAUGGGUGUGGUUCCGCAAGCUUUUUGUUAUCUUGUCUAGUUAUACCUAUAUGAACACUCUUAGAAAGAUCAAGUGAAGUUACAAUUCUGAAAAAGUUGUGUUGCUUGUGAGAUUAGCUUUCAGUUGUUGCUGUUCUAUUUGGAUCUGGAUGGUUGGAUAUCAAACUUCUAUUGGUUCAAGCUAUUCAUUCCAUGGAUCUGUCUGUGGUCCAAUCUCCAGUGGUCUUUCCACUUUCUCAACAUGAUUGAAUGAAAUCACUGCUUAUUUUCUUCAAAAUAUCCUAGAUGCAUGUUUGUUAACUGUGUCUAAGUCAGAUUUUGCUUGCUUAGUUUGUAAUUAUUUGUACUUGUAAAGUAGCACAAUAACUUUUCCUUUGCAGCGAUAUAGUUCAAUUUGGAUGACUUUUUUUAAAAACCAAACUAAUCAACAUUGCAAAGUAGUUGAGGAAGUUAA